AGGCAUAUUCAUCCCACGCCAUCUGUAGCCACAAUGUCACUUCCGACUCCAGCCAGUCCAACAACCAACAACGCACCUCCACACCCACACACACAACAACAACAACAACAACAACAACAACAACAACAACAACAACAACAACAACAACAACAACAACAACAACAACAACAACAACAACAACAACAACAACAACAACAACAACAACAACAACAACAACAGCAACAACAACAGCAGCAACCGAAGCAACCGAAGCAAAAAAGACUCACCGCGCUUCAAGCCCCUAGCCUCCAUCGCCGAAACGACGAUGCUGAGGGAGGAAUAUGA